AUGGCGCCAACGUUACUCUGGAUUGGCCUUGGCAACAUGGGCCGUGCCAUGUGCAAGAACAUUGUUGAAAAAGGCAACCUUGACUCCCCGCUUCUCAUCUACAACCGCUCCAAGCAGCGUGCCAUUGACCUGAGCCAAAAGCUCUCCGCCGGCAAGACGGAAGUGGUUGAAUCGCUGGUCGACGCCGUGGCCAAGGCCGACGUCAUCUUCACCUGCAUCUCCAACGACGAGGCUGUCGCCGAGACGGUGGCGACGCUGCUGCAGGCCGACGUCAAGGGCAAGCUCUUUGUCGAGUGCUCCACCAUCCACCCCGACUCGACGCAGGCGACGGCCGACAAGCUCCUCGCCGCGGGCGCCGAGUUUGUCGCCGCGCCCGUCUUUGGCGCGCCGGCCGCCGCCGAGGCCGGGCAGCUCAUCGCCGUGCUCGCGGGCCCGGCGGCGAGCGUGGAGCGCGCGCGGCCGUGGUUCCAGGGCGUGACGGCGCGGGCCGAGAUUGACCUGACGGACGCGCCGUACGGCAAGGCGACGACGCUCAAGGUGAUUGGCAACACGUUUGUGCUCAACAUGGUCGAGCAGCUGGCCGAGGCGCACGUCCUGGCGGAAAAGUCCGGGCUAGGCACGCAGCCCAUCCACGACCUCGUCUCGGCGCUCUUCCCGGGCCCGUACGCGGCGUACAGCACGCGCAUGCUCACGGGCGACUACCACAGGCGCGAGGAGCCGCUCUGGGCCGUGGACCUCGCGCGCAAGGACGCGAGGCACGCCAAGGCGCUCGCGGAGGCCGCGGGCACGAGGGUGCAGAAUGUCGAGACAGCGGAUGCGCAUCUGGCGAAGCUCAAGGAGCAUGCCGGUGCAUCGGGCGACAUUGCGGGCAUCUAUGGUACGGUACGCCAGGAGGCUGGCCUCAGGUUUGAGAAUGAUGAAUGA